AUGUCUGUAACUGAAAAUAAACAUUUAAACUUAAUUACCCGGUCUAUCAAGAUGGCGGAGUGUAGUGAAAUCGCAGUUUUAACGUCUGAGCUGAAUAAGCUCAAGAAAAAUGAAUUAAUCGAUCUAAUUUUAACAUUUAAAGUACCGAUGUCUGUGACAAGUGAUAUAUUAGUGAAAUAUAUAAAAAAACUUAUGGUCAGUGAUAAACAACCAGUAAAUAAUGAAAAAUUCCAUGAUAGCUACUCUAACCUCAAUUAUUGUGUUCAAUGUGAAGGAAGUCUUAAAAAGUUAGACCAAAUAAAAUGUGAAUUAGACACUAUGAGUAAACUAACUUUUCACCUGGAAAAACGCACACAAGAACAGGCAGAUUUAAUUGCGUUAUUAAAACAAUUUAAAGAUUUAAAUUUCGAAACUAAUAAUACGCCAUCUUGCAGUAAAAAUUCAAAUUCAACUUUAAUAUUAAAUAGUUCUCAUCGGGCUCAGUUUGGAUCAACAGAGGACAACAAAAACUUAACAAAAGAUAACAAUUCUAAAGAUAACAACCCACAAAAAAAUUUCAAUGAAGUUCUCAAAACAAAUAUACCAAAACAAACCAUCAAAGAAAGCAGGUAUGAAAGGUCAACAAACUCUGAGGACAAAAACAGAGGGAAUUCCCUUUACAAAAAAAGAUACAACAAUAAAGCAAUUAUUGGAAGCAAUGAAAUUCAAAAUAAACAAUUUAAAAUAGUACCGAGACAAGGAUUUUUACAUCUAUCAAGAAUUGGAAAUGAGAUAAAAAGUGAUGACGUUUUAAAUUUUUUAAAGAAAAGUGCCCCAGACAUUAACUUUUCAUGUGAAGAAUGGCACAGAAAUGAUAGGGUGUCCACAUAUAAAGUUUCGUUUCCGAUGGACAAAAUAAACCAGAUUUACGAUCCAGCUAUUUGGCCCAAAGGAGCAGAAGUUAGAAGAUUUCAAUUUAGACAGAAUUUUCAGAAAGACACACAAGUGACUGUAAAUAUCUAG